AUGUGGAUGGGAGAUUGUAAUGGAAUUAAUUUACUAUUUAAACUGUCGAUUCCAACAGCUGAAUUCGAUUUUCUUGAAACAUUUACAACAACACCUGAAUCAUUAUUAGAUAUUACACAUCUCUAUAUACGAAGUAAUCAUAAACUAGCUCGAUCCAAUCUAAUACAAGAAACAGAAAAUGGUAUUAAACGUUUAAGUAUUAAUGCGAUUCAUCCAUUAACAGAUCGUUUAUUACCAAUUUUUAUCAAUGAUGAAGCAGAUUACGGACCAAAAAUACGAGCUAAUAUGUCGAUGUUAAAUGUUCAAAUAGGUACACCGAAAUCAAAUUCAUAUGAUGAAUCAUUUGCAAAUAAACAUAGUAUUUCAACUGUAAUUGAUUCAUCAACUCGUUGGCAUAAAAUGGAUACAGAAACAUUACUCAGUGAACUUCGUUCACGUGAAUUAGGUGGUUAUCGAACAUCUGGUAAACUUAGUGAUUGGUGUAUAUCACGUCAACGUUACUGGGGUACUCCAAUUCCAAUAAUUCAUUGUGAUCAAUGCGGUAGUGUUCCAGUACCAGAAAACGAAUUACCAGUUCGAUUACCAUCAAUUGAAAAUAUAAGAUCUUCAUCAAAAACUGGUAUUUCACCAUUAGCUAAUGCACAUGAUUGGAAAAAAAUUCAAUGUCCAAAAUGUGGAAAUGAAAAUGCUAAACGUGAAACAGAUACAAUGGAUACAUUUGUUGAUUCAUCAUGGUAUUUUUUACGUUAUUUGGAUAAUGAAAAUACUGAAAAACCAUUUGAACCUAAUAUUGUUAAUAAAUUGAUGCCAGUCGAUCUCUAUAUCGGCGGACUUGAACAUGCUUUAACACAUCUCUUUGUUGCUCGAUUUAUUCAACAUUUUAUGCAUUCUAAAGGUCUAUGUACCUCUCUUGAACCAUUCAAACGAUUUAUACCCAUCGGAAUGGUACAAGGUAAAACUUAUAAAACAUCGAAUGGUCAAUACGUUACUAAAGAUAAAGUUUUAACUAUCGAUAAAAAUACAAUGAUACAUUCAUUAACAAAAGAACGAGUUGAAGUUGAUUGGGAAAAAAUGAGUAAAUCAAAAUAUAAUGGUACUGAUCCACAAGAAAUAAUUGAUGCAUAUGGUGUUGAUUUUACAAGAUUACUUAUGUUAAAUUUUGUUCAUCCAAGAUCUUUACGCAAUUUCACUUUGGAAGAUGGUAUUGCCGAAGGUUUACAAAAUUGGUUUAAAAUCUUUAUUAAUCUUUAUGUUGAAUUAAUUGAUCCACGAACAAAGACUGAUACAAAAUCUGUAAUGAGUAAUGAAGAAUUUCAACAAAUUGAAUUAGCUUUACGUGAACAACGAUUAAAUACGAUUUAUACAGUUACAUUUUAUAUCGAUAGUUUUUUUAGUGUAGCAUCAGCUAUUAUCGAAUUACAAAAAUUAACACGUUAUCUUCGAAAAGUACCAAUCAAUAUCAAAAGAGAAUCUAAUGAAUAUUUACGAUCUCUUUGUGAUCUAUUAGUUAUGAUUGGACCAGUCAUACCAGCUUUAUCAUCCGAACUUUGGACUAUUUUACAAAAACAAAUAAAAACUAAUAUUAAUGGUUAUGAUCUGAGUAAAAAUUUAUUUGAACAAAAUUACCCAUCAUUACCAAAUGAUUAUCCAGCAAAGAUCAAUGCUUUAUAUGAUACAACUGUUUUUGCUUCGAUGCCAAUAGCACGAUCACUUCUUCCCACUUUAACAACAACUGAUAUUCUUCAACAGUUAAAUAACAAUGAUAAUCAAUUACAAAUGAAAACAUUUAUUGAAAAAAAUGGUCUUAAAUUUGAUCGUUUACGUAAAUUAGAUGAUUAUUGUGCAACACUUAUUUAUGAACGUGACCCUAACGUGACAAUAGUUGAACAAUCAGAACCUUUAAUUGAAAAGAAAAAAAGCAAAACAUCAAAAAAGAAACAAGUUUCAUAA